AGAGGGCAAUCUCGUGAUUAUCCCAACCACCAAAAAGCACACAAACCUGAAAACGUAGUCUUUAAGUGAGAGAAACAACGAGAACAGUUCGUCUGCAACCUCAUUCAUUUUCCCCAUUUCGGACUCCAAAACCUUCACUAUUUACCAUUCACUGCCACUCUCACCUUUCCCCUCAACCCUCUCAUUUUCCCAUCUUUAACUCUUUUUGAGCUUCCUCUUUGCAAAAAUGGCGCUUCUUUGAAGCUCCUUUCCCCUACUUUCUCUCUCAGUAUACGACCUGAGCUUCGUGCGUCAACGAUGGUUGCUGUAUUUUCCUUCCACUUGAGACUAUAGCUUCAUCACCGAGUUCUUCUUCUUCUUUUUCUUAGAAAUGGUGAUACUAAUUCUUGUAAUUUGUGCUGUGUGAGUUUCGCGCCGUCUGAACUUCGUUUCAGAUCUAAUUGUUUGUCGAAUUUUUGGUUUCGAAGCGCCAUUUUGAUUGUGAUGAUGUUGACGAAAAAGCGUUUGGUGUAGAAUUUGUUGUGGUUGUUGGAGACUUGAAAAAUAUAUAAAAAAAAGUCUAAGAGGUUUUUCAGAAAAUUAUCUGAUUUUUUUGGGGGCUAUUUUGGUUUCGAAGAUGAAUCGUAGUUUUAGGGCUCCAGAGUCACAGAUUUUAACGACGAUGAAGCAGAGGCAGCAGUUAAGAGCCUCGGCCAUGAAAGAGAAAGAAGAAGAGCUUGCAUUAUUCUUAGAGAUGCAAAAGCGAGAAAAGGAACGAAACGAUCUUUUUCUCAACAACGCUGAAGAGUUCGAUGUACCAUUAGGGUCGAAACCAGGAACUUCUCCAAUUUUUAACAUAUCCUCUUCAACGACUGCACCUCCACGCAAGACUGUUGCUGAUGAUUUUCUGAACUCAGAGAAUGAUAAGAAUGACUAUGACUGGCUCCUCACACCCCCUGGGACCCCUCUAUUUCCUUCUUUGGAGAUGGAAUCACAAAAGACCUUAAUGAGUCAACUUGGUACACCAAAGCCUCGUCCCACGGCUCUGAAAUCCAGAUUGGCAAACUCCCAGCCGGAUCAUCCUCCUAGAAGCAGUUUAGUAUCAAAACAAUCAGCUUCAUCCCCUGGGUUAAAUUCCUCGGGUGCUGGGGCUCGAAGACCAUCAUCAUCAGGUGGUCCAGGAUCAAGGCCUGGGACUCCAACUGGACGACCCUCCUUGAAUACUGCAUCAAGACCAUCCAGACCAUCAACACCUACUUCUAGAGCAACUUUGCCUUCAAGUAAGCCAAUGUCUUCUGUGACUAAGCCCACAGGUGCUUCAGCUAAGCCAAUGUCCACAGCUAAGCCAACAGCUCCCUCACGAUCCACAACGCCAUUAUCAAGGUCUACAAUGAGAUCUUCAACACCAACUAGAAGUACUGUAACUGCUCCGAAGUCCACAUCAAGGGCAGCAACACCUACUCGUCGACCUUCAACGCCAUCAUCUGCCUCCAGUGUAUCAGUACCUUUAUCUAGAUCAUCUUCUUCAGUUACAAAGCCAACCUCCACAACAACUAGAAAUCCGAUUCCCACAACAACCAGAAAUCCAGUUCCCACGACAACAAGAAGUCCAGUUUCCACGGCAAUGAGAAGUCCAGUUUCCACGACAAUGAGAAAUCCAGUUUCCACGACAACUAGAAAUCCUGCACCCUCACGGGGUACGUCUCCUACAGUAAAGUCUAGACCAUGGAAGCCCUCUGAGAUGCCUGGCUUUUCACUUGAUGCUCCACCAAAUUUAAGAACAACUCUUCCAGACCGGCCACUUUCAGCCACUAGAGGUAGGCCUGGAGCACCAAGUUCUCGUUCUUCGUCUGUUGAGCCUGCUGCAAGUGGAAGACCAAGACGACAAUCAUGCUCUCCUUCAAGAGGACGUGCUCCAAAUGGCAUUCCUCAUUUGAGUGGAAGCUCUGUUCCUGCAGUGAGUCGCACUCACUAUAAAGCUAAUGACAAUGUGAGCCCUGUUCUAAUUGGAACAAAAAUGGUGGAAAGAGUAAUAAAUAUGCGGAAACUGGUGCCUCCAAGACAAGAUGAUAAAAAUUCCCCUCAUGGCAACGUCUCUGCAAAAUCUUCAUCCCCAGACAGUUCAGGAUUUGGUAGAACACUUUCAAAGAAAUCUCUGGAUAUGGCUAUACGACACAUGGAUAUAAGGAGAACCAUUCCAGGUAAUUUGCGACCAUUGAUGACGAAUAUUCCGGCAUCCUCUAUGUACAGUGUGAGAUCGGGCCCUGCACGAAGCAGAACAAUAAGUGUUUCAGACUCUCCUCUUGCCACGAGCAGUAAUGCAAGUUCUGAAGUCAGUGUUAACAAUAAUGGCAUUUGCUUAGAUGGGAUUGAAAUAGAAGAUGACAUUGGCAGUGAGCGAGGUGGUCGAUCUCCUGCUAGUCUGCGUGGUAGGUGAUUGGUCUGUUGCCAUACAUUGCAUAUAAACUGAUGAAAUUCUUAUAUUUAAAAUUUGAGUUGCAUCCAUUUUAAUGUUCAAAAGAAACCAAAUUAGAGGGAGUUAACUAGAGUUGGGCUUUGAUUGGUAAUCCGAAAUUUAUUAGAGAGAUGGGUGUUCAAAUUUUUUAAAAAAUGUAAUUUAUGAUAUUAUUUGUAAUAUUAGAAUAGUUAUGUUCUGAACA